CAGCCAUUGAGAGUGAGGUGUGUGAAUUUGUAUGGUGGAGUUGUUCUUCCUGCGAUUUUCCAGAGAAAAAUGUCUCGCAACUUCCCAAUUUGUGUGCCAGGACAUCGAUAAGAGUGGCCAGAAGACUUGUGUGCAGCAGAGAGUGGGCAACACGUGAAGAUUAGUGCAUAAAAUCGACGAAGAGGUGAACAAGGCAGAUUUAUAACAACGUUGGAGGCUCGACAAGAUACGGAGAGACGAGAAAAUGGGCGACGAUUACCAAAUUCCGCGUCUGAUGGUCUUCCGACCGACUUGGGAGGAGUUCAAGGAUUUCGGCAAGUACAUUCAGUACAUGGAGUCCCAGGGGGCGCACAAGGCGGGUCUGGCGAAGGUUGUGCCUCCGGUUGAGUGGGUGCCACGUAAAUCUGGAUAUGACCUUGAUAAGUUGGACAUCACAAUUCCGGCGCCCAUUUGUCAGAUUGUGGCGGGCAAGCAGGGACUCUAUCAGCAGAUCAACAUCCAGAAGCGACCAAUAACGUUGAAGCAAUUCAGCGAAUUGGCACAAACUGAUCGCUAUGCCACGCCCAAUCAUUUUGACUUUGAGGACUUGGAGAGGAAGUAUUGGAAGAAUAUAAAGUAUGUGGCGCCAAUUUAUGGUGCUGAUGUGAGUGGAACACUCACGGAUCCGGACGUGAAGGAGUGGAAUGUGAACACGUUGGGCACGAUUUUGGAUUAUGUGAAUGAUGACUAUGGGAUACAGAUUGACGGCGUGAAUACGGCGUAUUUGUAUUUUGGCAUGUGGAAGACGACAUUUGCGUGGCACACUGAAGAUAUGGAUUUGUAUUCGAUAAAUUAUUUGCAUUUUGGGGCGCCAAAGACGUGGUAUGCUGUGCCGCCGGAAUUGGGGAGGCGAAUGGAGAAGAUGGCAAACACGUACUUUGAGGCAAGUCACAAUAAUUGCAAGGCUUACUUGAGACACAAGACAACACUGAUAAGUCCGCAGAUUCUGAAGAAGCACAACAUUCCGUACAAUAAGAUUACCCAAGAAGCGGGUGAGAUCAUGAUAACCUUUCCUUUUGGGUAUCAUUCGGGCUUCAAUCAUGGCUUCAAUUGUGCCGAAUCGACGAAUUUCGCGAUGCCACGGUGGGUGGAGUAUGGCAAGAGGGCGACACAGUGUCAGUGCAGCAGUGACAUGGUGAAGAUCUCCAUGGAGACAUUUGUGAAGCGCCUUCAGCCGGAGCGCUAUGAGAAUUGGUUGAAGGGUCAGGAUAUUGGACCACAUCCUGAGGGUCCAUAUCAUAUUCAGACACCGGCAAAUCCACCCACAGAGCAAGAUCUGGUGAGGCUGGUGAGCAACAAGGAGAAUCCGCUGGCGCAGGAGAUGCUGAGCAAGAUGAAUCGACAGUGUAAUCCGACGUUGAGCAAUUCCAGCAAGUCCUUCAAGGAGCGCUAUCCAGAUCUGGAUAUGGAUGACAUCGAGAGGAAUCCACAUAUUCCCGAUGAGGUGCGCGCAGUGCUGAGUGGAGCGCUGACACUGGACAAUGCUGAGGAUGAGAUGUAUGAGCCUGAAGAUGAUGCUGAACACGUGGAUGAUAUGACUAUGGAGAAGAAACUCUCGGAUUUGCUCUAUGACUCAGAUGAGGAGUUCAAGGUGAGGAAGAACAAGAAGAAGCGAAAGAAUUCUGAUGACGAUUUGAGUGAUGAUGACUAUGAUUGGGGUGAAAUGGAGGAGUUGCGGAAGAUGCGCAGCAGACGUGGAAAGAGACCAGUUGGGCGACCGCGAAAGCGAAAGCCCAAGAAGGAGGCUGAAGAGGAGGAAGUUGGUCAGGAUGGACAGAAGAAGGAGAAGCCUAAGAAAUUGAAACUCACAGAAUUGGAAUUGCUGAAUAUCAACCGACCGGAAAUUACAGGGAAGCGCGAGAGGAAGCCAACGGCCAAUAUGGUAGCCAAUCUGGAGUCUGAGCGGAUUCUGUCGCAGUUGCUGGAGCCAAAGAAAGCACAGGCGAAGAUAGCAAAAACACCAAAGCCACCGGAAUUGGAGAUGAAGCCAAAGUUGUAUGAGAGCAAGACUCUGACGAGUGUUGAGACUCCGUCGUGCGUGCGCAAUGAUGCUGUCGCCGCCGCCGCCGCCGCCACUGCUGCUGCGGCUGCUGAGGUGGUCGCGAAGCAGCCGAAGGCACGAAAGCCAUCGCCAGCCAUGUCGAUGACCCCAAAAGUGAAUGCCAAGAGGAUAGAGAAGCCGACACUCUCGAUGGGGAAAGUCAAUAACAAGAUUCUGGACAAUUCGCCCGGCAUCAGGAGUCUGACAGAGACACCAUUUGGCUCGUAUGCCAAACCGCCAGUGCCAGUACAAAGUCCUCUGACGCCUGCGCCAAAAGUGGAAAAAUACGAUUACAUGCCGAACUCCAGCAUCCCGAUGAAUCCGGUGAUGAACAGCAUGUCAAUGAAUCCCAUUAUGACGCCCAUGAUGAACUCCAUGAUGAAUUCAAUGGUCAAUUCGAUGAUCAAUGGCAGUUCGACGGCGAUGAUGAAGUCGUCGCCUGUGACGAAUUUGCCGGUGAAUCCGAUGGUGAAGGCGGGCGUGAAUCCACCGCCGAAGCCUCCGAUGCAGUUGCCGGUCGUCAGGCCGCCGCCGAGUGUGCAGAAUUUGACUGUGAAGCCUGUGUUUUGUCCAAAGCCACCGCCGCCAGUGGUGCCGAAGCCUCCGCCUGUGGUGAAGAAGGAGGUGAAGCCGUCGCCGCCGCCACAAGUGAAGCAAGAGAUGAAGACAGAAGCAAAGGCGCCGCCGAUGAAGAGUAUGAACACCAAUAUGUCAUAUUUGGGGGCGUUCAGUGAGUUCCUGGAGUCGAGGAAGUCUUCGCACGGUUCCUCAACAACCACACCGAGUAAGGUUUACACCACGGGCAUUAGUAAGACGCCGUCGGCGCCACAGAAGGCGGUGAAGGUGGAGAAGGACGAGACACCACCGGAAGCUGUGCUGCAGAUUAAGAUGGAAGUGCCGGAUAGUGUGACGAUGAUGAGGCAACAGCUGAACAGCAACAAAGUGCCGAUGGCAGCGGCGGCGGCGGCGGCCAGUUCGAAUCGCAGGCGAAAGACGCAGCAGAAGCCGAGGCAGAUCAUCAAGAAUCUGGACUAUCAGUUUGCUCAGGAGGAUGGAUAUACGCCAAAUCUCAUGGUCAGUGGCUUGAUGAACAAUCGCGUGCAGCCACAGCAGGCGAAUGUGGCCGGUGGACAGCAAGUUGCCGCCAUGCAGCAGACUUUCGAUCUCAAUUACCAGACUUAUCAGUCGCUGGGGGAGUUCCAGGAGCAACAGCAGCAGCAGCAGCAGCAGUCUGGAUCGAUGACGAUGCUGGGCAGCAGCAUCAUCGCCUCGCAGCAGGCGCUGCAGUCCAGCCUGGGCUUCAACUAUCACAAUCCUGCCGCGCUCAAUGCUCUGUAUUCCACCUUCCCAACGGCCUCCAGUCGAAUGGGGCUGCUGACGGAUGACAAUUAGGC